GCCGUGGGGUCGGGUCAGGCUGGGACUUGUGAGUCCACACACGGGGCUACGUGCGGAUCACGUCUGUUUGAAGAUGAUAAUUGGAAUUGAGCCGUCGGUUCUUACGCACACGAGAAGCCCGCCUCGCCCUGACAUUGAGGAGGAGGAGGAGGAGGAGGAUGCACAGAUGAAGGUUCCAGCAUAAAUUUGGGUGGCGAGCGAGGAGGAUAUUCAGAGACCAUCCAGAGAAGCUUCUUCACCAGUUCAGAACAAGAGUGAGUGGCGCCUAAGGAUCCACACUGAGAGAAGGGCUCGACAGAGAGACGCAGAAGUCAACAACAACAGCGACAACAACAACAACAACAGCAACAACACAACAGAUACAAGAGAUACAACAGACAUCCAAGUUCCUCAGAGCUACUCUAGAGGUUCCACAUCACACAACAGGAACCCCAGAACCAGACCUCCAGAGAACAGGAACCUCCAGGUGGAACCUUAAAGUAUAACCAUAGCCCCAGUGAUGGUGUGUGUGUGCAGGCUGAUCCUGCUGGCGGCCGUGGUGCUGCUGCUGGGGGUGGAGCUGUCCCGGGCGCAGCACUGGUCCCACGGCUGGUACCCCGGCGGCAAGAGAGAUGUGGACACCUUCAACUCCGCCCAGAUCUCAGAGGAGAUUAAGUUGUGUGAAGCAGGAGAGUGCAGCUACCUGAGACCACAGAGAAGAAACAUCCUCAAGAGCUUCCUGCUGGAUGCCCUGGCAAGAGAAUUCCAGAAAAGGAAGUGACCUCACUGAUGGCUUUGUUUCUGGAGAGGAUUGGUGGAAGGGCUGUGUGUGUGUGUGUGUGUGUGUGUGUGUCUCUGUCUGUCCUGUCGGAUCUCUGUUCAUGCUCAGGAGUUCUGCACAUUUGACCCUUUGUUGAAAUCUUGCUUGAGGCAUUUUUUUUUUUUUUUUUUUUAAUCAAGCAAGAGACAAGGUGUCUCUUCUAACAGAAGUUAUUUUUACAGCGCUGCUUUUUAAUGGACACAUCAUUUAACCCUCCUCAGUCAAAAGGAUGCAGCUAACAAAAAGCACUGUAUUUCCAACAUACUAUA